AUGUCAUUGUAUAUGAACGAUAUGGGUGAGAACGACGAUACCAACAGCGAACUGAGCGACCACGGACGUUUCCUAACUAAGGGCGCCUUCCUACUGACUCCGUCGUACGAGCUGAGCCUGGACAAGGCGGCGGGCAUUUGCGACAAGCUGAACUUUCGCGGAAGCUUUAGUCUGACGAAGACCGCCACCGGAAUCUUGUUCAAGUUCUCCGAGCCGGACGACUAUCAGCAGGUCUUUCGGAAGGGCUUUCAUAAGGUGACCGGUGGCCGACUGUACAGAAAGGUGGCGAUUCCGUGCCGACCCCAAAAAACCUUCUCCCUGCUCGUGAUGGAGGUACCUAGCGAUCUUCCGGAGGACGACAUUAGGGCCAGCUUGUACCGCUACACCUCAGUCGUGGAGGUAACUCGAGUCACGAGCAAGCUUGAGCAACCCGGAGUGCCUGCCCCCAUCAGAAUAACGAUGGCCUCCUUGGAGGAGUUCAACAGUCUACUACAGCAAGGCUUGGAUUUCUACGGCGCGACGUACUUCCCAACCGAGGCUCUCAAGAAGGAGGACAUACGAGGCAGUCAAAAGCAGCUUCUGCCAGUCUUCGACGCGUCCGGUUUCAGCCGUCUACCACCACCGGCGAGUCGCACUCUUAAACCAAGGUCAAACUAGUUCCCACUUCUGAAAACCACACACUAACCCCCUAACAACUAACUUACACCAAAUUGGUGAUCAGUUUCCAGCCUCCCGGAAAUAAUGGACGAACUCGAUCGGGAUACUGGAUACGUAACGCGAUAUUUUCGGUUAAUUACUUUAAUUGGACUCUGUCGUUUGUUAAAAGUUGUACGGUUAAUGAUGCCUUUUUCUUAAUAAAACCAAAGCAAAUUCGU